GACGAAGCACGGACCAAAUUCCUUUCAAGUUCCGACUGGUGAAUCGGAAUCGGAAAGCCCUGGCUCGCGAUAUCUUGAAACGGCUGUUCCCGUCCCGGACCAGCAGGUUCGCACUCCCUCCUCCGUCUCCGAUUGGAAUUGGAUGUGGAAAUGCGAUGGACAUCAACCUCUUCAAGCUCUGCUCUGGCCUCAAGUUCCUCGGUUACCUGAUGAUCCUCCUCGUCCUCGCCAUCGUCGCCGUCUCCUACUACGCCGUCGUCGUCCUCACCUGGGGUCCCCGCCUGCUCCGCGGUGGUCUCUCUUCCUUCCUCGCCUUCUUCGUCCUCCUCCUCUUCCACCUCCUGCUCCUUCUGUUAUCGUGGAGCUAUUUUAUGGUAGUUUUGAGGGAUCCGGGUUCAGUCCCGGAGAAUUGGAGACCAGUUCGAGAUGAAGAGAAUUUUGAAGCUGAUGGUUCUUGUUUACCACAUGAGGCCUCAGGGUCAGGGUCUACCUGGCCUUCCUCAAAUGGAUCGGAAGGAAGACCACCUUUGGGAUUCUGCGUUCGUUGUCAAAUGGGAAAGCCACCUCGGUGUCACCAUUGCUCUAUUUGCCAGAGAUGCGUUCUUAAGAUGGAUCACCACUGUGUUUGGGUUGUGAAUUGCGUUGGUGCAUGCAACUACAAGUUCUUUCUUCUUUUCCUGCUGUAUACCUUCUUGGAGACAACAAUGGAUACUUUACUACUGCUUCCAAGCUUCAUCAACUUCUUUAGUGAAGCCAAGAAUCAUUCUAGCUCUCCUGGCGAACUUGCUGUUAUUUUCGUGGCAUUUGUUCUUAAUCUAGCUUUUGCACUGAGUCUUCUUUGUUUCCUUGUUAUGCACGGGUCUCUUGUUUUCAGCAACACCACUUCCAUAGAGGUUUAUGAGAAGAAGAAAGGGGUCAGGUGGAAGUAUGACUUGGGCAGGAGGAAGAAUUUCGAACAGGUUUUUGGCACCAAAAAAGCACUGUGGUUCUUUCCCUUACUUUCAGAGGAGGAUUUAGGAAAAAUACCAGCACUUCAGGGCCUAGAGUUUCCAACUCGCUCUGAUGUUGAGGCGUAGAAGUCUGAAUCAGUCUUCAGGGGUAGAUGUUGCCUUUAGAUGGCUAGAAUGGAGCUGACAAUCCUAUCUUGUGAGUUGUUUGUUUGCCUGUGCAUUCUUCCUUUGAAUAUUGGUUCCAUAAUGCAAAUUUUUUCAUUUGAA